UCUCCCAUUUCUCAGCCUUAAGCCUGCUCUUCGUGCCUUCGUCUCUCGCCGCUCACCGUCGUCCAACCGCCACACCUUCCUCACCGUCGCCGUUUCCGUCUGACAGGGGAUUUGAAUUUAGAAAUACUUCAAUUUGGAUUGGAACUGUUGGAUUCUACUUGAUGUUGGUUUCGUGAAGUUGCUGUGUGCGCUAAAGUUUGUUCAGUGUUGGAAGUGUGGUUAGAAGUAGUUACCGCCCGAAUUGUCACUCUUUUCGUGGGUGAAAGAUUAGAGGAAAAAAAAGAUGCUCAGAAGAAGGCUCUCUGUUCUCUCGACAUCAAUUAUCAGAAGCUCAGUUUGGGGCAAACCUAGUCCCACUUGUCCAUUGGUCCAAUAUCCUCAUCCCUCAAAGCUCCUUCAAUAUUCCAAGUCUCAUGCAACAGUUUACCCCAAAGUACGCCCAGAAUUUCAAGGUUUUAGAGCCUACAGUCUUCUAGCCUUGAAUGAUCUGAGAGAUAAUGUGCCGAGAAAACAGAAGACAAGAAAGGGCCGUGGGAUUGGGUCUGGAAAGGGAAAGACUGCUGGGAGGGGUCAUAAGGGUCAGAGAGCCAGAAAAGGAUCGAAAUUAGGUUUUGAAGGAGGUCAAACUCCACUUCGUCGAAGAAUGCCCAAACGUGGUUUCAAGAACCCAUUUAGUCUCACUUUUCAGCCAGUAGGUUUGGGAAAAAUUGCGAAGCUUAUAAAUGCAGGGAAGAUAGAUUCUUCUGAAUUGAUUACAAUGAAAACACUCAAGGAUACAGGAGCAAUUGGGAAGCAAAUAAAAGAUGGAGUAAGAUUGAUGGGGCGUGGCGCUGAUCAGAUCAAGUGGCCAAUUCAUCUAGAGGUAUCAAGGGUUACCGUGAGGGCUAAGGAAGCAGUUGAAGCAGCUGGUGGUUCUGUAAGAAGAGUGUAUUAUAACAAGCUGGGCUUGCGGGCACUGCUGAAGCCGGAGUGGUUCGAAAAGAAGGGAAGGUUGCUGCCAAAAGCAGCUAGACCUCCGCCGAAACUGAAGGAUAAAGUCGAUAGCAUUGGCCGGUUGCCAGCGCCGACUAAACCGAUCCCGUUUUUAGUUGAAGGUAGCAAUGAUAUUACACCUCCUCAGCUUAGUUAAACUGAGAUCAUGGCAUUAUUUGUAGAAUUUUUAGGUAAUUCAGAACGAGAGAUAAAUGAAUUUCCAUUGGAAAAAAAUGGAAUGAGAAAUUUUCUUGUGAUUUGUUUUUUCUUUUUGUAUCAAUUUUGUUUUAAGGAACUGAGAUUGGUUACCUAAGAGAGCCUUGUUUUGAUUUGUAUGUGGAUAGGAUCUUUGCUUAAUUCAGUCGAUUAGGGACCUAAACCUUGAUUAAGUGUACUAAUUACACGAAUUGAUUUUCCA